GAAUGUUAAUUUUCAAUUUAUCAUAGUUACCAUUGAUACAAAUUCCUUAACUGCCAGAAACCACUUUGUAAAUAAAGUUCGAAAUUUCAAACCCUUUAAAUAUCAAACCAUAACCCCCAAACUUUCAUUUCUUUACCAUCAGGCUGUUAUCUUUUCCGAAAACAAAAUGGAGGAAACUGACCAUGGAAUUGGCAUUAAAGUUUACACUGCAACACCACCACAUGAGAACCCUACACCAAUCUCCUCCCUCCCUCGCCUGCCUUCGGAACCCGGCCGCAAGAGGAGAGUCGUCGCCAAAGGGGUUCAAAAAACCAUAUCCAAAACUUCCAUGCUAGUCAACUUUCUACCAACAGGCACCCUUUUAACUUUCGAAUUGGUUCUGCCUUCUGUUUACCGUCACGGUGUUUGCACCCAUGUUACCACCAUGAUGAUUUACUCCCUCUUAGGCCUUUGCGCGGCAUCUUGUUUCUUCUUCCAUUUCACCGAUAGUUUCCGAGGUCCCGACGGGACAGUUUACUACGGUUUUGUCACGCCCAAUGGAUUGGCCCUUUUCAAGCCUGGGCUAGAAGUCGAGUCUCCGAAAGAUGAAAAGUACAAGGUAGGACUUACUGAUUUUGUUCAUGCUGUCAUGUCGGUGUUGGUAUUUAUGGCGAUCGCUUUCUCGGAUCAUAGAGUUACCAACUGUGUUUUCCCAGGACACGAGAAGGAGAUGGAUCAAGUCAUGGAAGGUUUCCCAUUGAUGGUGGGGAUUAUUUGCAGUGGCUUGUUUCUUGUGUUUCCCAAAACCAGAUUUGGUGUUGGUUGCUUGGCUGCUUGA